UGGAGCCGGCCGGCGUCUUCCCGCGGGCGGAACCAAAGCGCGGCGUGGCGGCGGCGCGGCGGUGGCUGUCGGUGUAACACCGCCCGCCGUGUCCCCGGUGCGGCCGCGGCCUCGCCAUGCUGCCGCUGCUGCUGCUCCGGGCCGCCGCCCCCGCCGUCCCCACCGCCUGCCGCCGCGCCUCCGCCUCCGCAUGGCUGCGGAGCGCCGCGCACCCCGCCUGCCGCCACCGGGCUGCUCUGGCCGCUGCCGCCGCGAGGCCCCGACAGGUUACAUCUUUUCAAGGUGUGGCUAUUCGCAGCCUCAGCACAUCCUCCCCUCAUGAUCACCCAGAACAUGGAAGAUUAGUUUAUAAAGGAAAUUUGGCAAAGGCAGUGUUGGGUGUGAAGUUUUUCUCUUACUCCACCAGCAUAUUCAACCUGUUCAUGAUGCCCUACAUCAUGCUGAAAAGUGGUAUUGGAGUGGAAAGUCUGCUUGUCCAAGCUGCCUUUUAUGGGUUGAUCGGGAUUUUUACGUUUGUAACUCCGGUUACUUUGCAUAUCCUUACAAAAGGUUAUGUGAUCCGGCUCUAUUAUAAAGAUGAAGUGGACACCUACACAGCCAUUACCUACAAUGCCAUCUUGGCAGAAAAAGUGACUGUUUUCCAUCAGAAAGAUGUAAAGAUUCCAGACAUCACCAAGAUGUUUACAACAUUUUAUGCUAAAACAAAAUCAAUGCUUGUUAAUCCUACGCUUUUCCCAAAUCCUCAGGAUUAUAACCAUCUCAUGGGCUAUGACAAAUCCUCAUUUUUUAAAUUUGAGGAUUUAGAGGAGGUAAAGGAAGCUGAUGAAAGGAAAUAAUUUGAAGAUAAUAUCAGUAUCAUUGUCCCUAAUGCAGUACUAUAUAUGUGAAAGAAUGUAAAAAUCUAUUACAUUUGCUAAGUAUCACAUAGCUGGAGUUUUCCAUAUGCAUUUUGGAAUGUAUAAAAAGAGACACUUUUUAAAAAAUAUUACAAGCAGUGUGAGGAUUCUUUAGUAUUAAUGACAUAAAAUACAGUAAAAAAAGGAGAUGCUUAGCCCUGUC